UAUUGCAUUCAGAUUGAUCGGAAUUGCGAUUUUUUGAUUCUUUUAUAACCCGCACUUAUUACUGUAUUAUCGCAUUAUCGUCUUAUCAUUGAAAUGACGACACGAUGGAAAACGUUCCUUGGCUCGAAUAACGUAUAUAAAUCUAAUCUGUAGCGGAAUAUUGUGGUUAUUCAUACCGGAUAUGUUGUUCGUUAAAUUUCCAGGAUCGUUCGUUAUUUGACAGUGAUCAUAAAAUAAAGAUUUAUUUUAUUUUUAUUUCAAUCUCUGUCUCAACAGUGUUUCGUCGAUAUUUUACUUGUCUACACGCGAUUUUAAAUAAUUGAAGUGAUCAUAUUAAUAAUUUUAUAAUUUGUUAUAAUAGUAAUUCGAAUAAUUGGCGAAAAUAUCGAAUUUAGAUUUAUUAAAAUUGAUCGAGCAAUAUGUUACUUUUAACAAGUGGUUUCUUUGUUAUUCUCAUUGUUCAAUUGCCAAUAACAUUGGCAAGAUUUAUGGUCAACGAUGAGUUGGACAAAUUACCUGAUGAGUUGAGAAUUGUGUCAUCAGAGUUGAAACCUCCGGAAAUUAAGCUCGAAUUGUUAAAAGACUUGAAGGAUAAAAAAAAUAUGGGUACAAUAGAAUACAUAAUUACGUAUGAUGACAACACAGAGUUGAAGAAUGGAAACAUUAAUGACUACAUAGUGAAAAAUAAUAUCGAAAAAAACUUGAAGAAAGACAUCAAUGAAAGACAUCACAAAAACGAAAAAAAUAAAUUAUCUUCUAAAAGGAUUAUUAGCAAUAUGAAUGAAUGUCCCAAGAAUCAAAAAUUAGAUCAUUUCGGAAAGUGUAGACAGAUCUUUCAUUUCACAUGAACAUUGGAGAACAGCUGCAAUUGAUCAGACUUUCAAGGAUAUAGAGUUGAAUGUGAUUUUUCAUUACGAAAGAUUCUUAAAAAAAUCUCUGAAAUCAAGAAACUUUUGUUUCUUUUAUGAUAUAAAAAUUUAUGAUAAAGUAAAGAAUUAUUUAUAAAAUCCGAGGAACACUAUUCUAUAGACAGCUACAAAUGAUUGUUGAAAUUUAAAAUUAAGCUUAUUGAAAAUUUCAAUUAAAAUUAUGUAUAUUUAUAUAAAUUUACUCUUUUCAAUUAUAUAAUAAAUUUAACAACUUUCUAAAAAAAGAUUAUUAUAAAAUUUGUAAAUAUAUUGAAAUUCUGCUUUUAAAUCAUUGUAUAUAUAUUCUUGUUAAAUUUAAACAAUCAUCUUUAAAAUUGAAAGUAAGAAAAUUAUUCAUUUCCUUAAUUAAAACUUCGAUAUUUAUAAAUUAUAAAUUAUAAUAUAUUUUUUUAAUAUUUGUAUUACUUCAGUAUUACUUUUCUCUUGUAUUUCAUAUCAGUUAAAAAUUGUUUUCGUUGUCAUGAAUACUUCUAAAUAUGGAAUAUAAAAAUUAUAUAAAAACAUGAUCAUUAUCCAAAUCAUCUCUAUUUUCGUUAAAUCUGUAUAAUUCUUUCAAUGAUUUCUUCACUUGUUAUCAUUUGUCAUAUUUUCGAUCAAAUUUAUACUCAUCAUUUUUUCAAUUCUAUGUAAUUAAACCUAUGUAAUUUAUUUUAUUCUUGUAUAGAAUAUAUUAAAUAUUUGUUUUUUUAUCGAUCUAAAUAACAAAUGCUCGAAUAAUCUAUCGCAUUUAUAUUUUCCUUGUUAAGCACAUACAAGACUAUUUUAACUUUCUAUUUUAAAAUAAAGAUUUCUUUCCUAU